AUGGGCAAGUGCAAGCGCGGUGCGCAGUGCAGCUUUGCCCACGGCCCAGAGGAGCUUGUUGCCAAGCCUGACCUCUUCAAGACGAUGCUUUGCCGGAAGUGGGCCAAGGGCUCCUGCAAUUUUACCAACUGCGCAUUUGCACAUGGAGAAGAGGAGCUGCGCGAUGCCCGAUCCAAGCGUCUUACAGGACUUCGCAAAGAGGCUGCGGAGAAGGAAGAGGCCAUUCUCGAGGAGACUUGUGUCUCCGAGGCCAGCACGGAGGACGGAGGCACUGGCACAGGCAGUGCGUCUGAGGAGCGGAUGGAGGACCACGUCUGGGGCUUGGAGCUGCUUCUCAGCGCACAGACGGCUGCUUUGAGCACUGCUACGCAGGACGCCGAGACCCGCCCCGUCUUCGUGCUGCCCGGGGAUGCGGCGAAGUUCCCAAUGAAGGUUUUGCCAUCCGGUCAUGCCAAGUCAGGGCUGCUCGGCUUACAUUGA